UAUGAAGCAGAGGGACUACCUUUACUGGUUGUAGCUCUCAGCCUUUUUCCAAGCUUCUCCUUCGUCAUCAUCUUCAUAUUUCGAAACGCAGUAAGUACUGCAGAGCCUGACGCAUACCCGGUCCGGCCCCCACGUAUCCAUGGUUUUUUUCUGCUUUCUGGUCGAUCAAGAGCGGCAAGUGAGCCGAAGCAAGCCGGCGGCCGGAAUCUGCUCGCGGUGCGGUGGCGGGGCAAGCGUGGCAGACAUGAAGACAGCUACGAGAUUUUGUUAUGUGCCUUUUUAUUGGAAGUCUUGGAAAGCCAUUAUUUGCACAUUUUGUGGAGCCAUUCUUCGAUCCUACCGAUAGAUGCAUGGAUGUUUCAUAGAUUCAUUAAUUUGCGCUUUUGUUUUUGUUUUGUUCUUUGAUUAAUUAGGUGUAAUAUUUACUUAUUGUUAGAUGAUCCAUGUUGGAAGUUAGGGUUCUAAUUAUUUGGUAGAAACUAACACAGUCUUGUUAAGUUUAAAUCAAUGGUUUUCCCUGA